CAGUCCGGUCCAAUAGACUGGAUAUUUAUUGUUAUUAGAUAUAAUCCUAUGAAAGGAUUCAGUAAUGACUAAAGACGUUUAAAAUGAAUUACAGUAAAUAUAUUGACUUUGACCAAGUCACACAUAUAUUAGUACAAUGCAUUCCGGAAUAUUUAAAUGCUAAAUGGUGUAUUUAGGUGGAACAUUAAUUGAUGGUUCUGUAACCUUGUGAAUAUUGCAACAUGGAUUAAAUCACAAAACUUCGUGUAAAGAUGUUUGUUCCUAGUAUUCUAAAGAUUUGCCCAACAGAUGAAGGAACCGGUAUUUACUUAGAAUGGACUAUUCCAGAAAAGGAUUGUAAGCCGCCAGUCCAUGGGUAUAUUGUUGCAUACAAAAGACAUGAAUUAGAUAUCAACUAUAGCUGUAGAAGUCUUAAAGGCGGUCGCACCUGCAGUCAUGUAAUAUCAUUAUCACGCGUUAGCAGUAAAUAUAAUAUUAUGGUUUCUGCGUAUGGAUACAAAGAACAUGGAGAUUUCUGCCCGCCUGUUAUUCUCUGUAUGUCUGAUUAUUUAGAUGUAAAUAGGAGUCAAGGAUGUGGUGAUAUUAGAGAACUGCUACCAAAACCUAAGAUUACCAAGACAAAGUCAUUGCAUGAAGGCAAAGGGCUACAUUUGAAAUGGAGAGUUCCUUUAGAUGUGUCUAAUGUUAUAAUAGAAGGAUACAUUGUUGCUUAUAAAAGAUGCGGAUUGGAUACUCAGUACAAGGAAAAAAUGGUUCCGGGUAUGGAUACUAAGUGUCAUGCAAUUACUGGAACUAAACCAUGUACAUUGUAUGAGGUAAAAGUUGCAGCUUGUGCUAAUGAGGGCACUGGUUUAUUUUCUGUACCUGUUAUUGUACGAACAGGAGUUGAAAGUCAACAGCCUCAGAAAAUGUCAGAAAGAGGAGAGCCGACAUUUACCCCAGCAAUAACUGGAAUAUGUAAUGUAAUGGGUCAUCCGGGAGUUUUUGUCAGAUGGAAGAUACCUGAUAAUGCUGACAUGAAGAAUACCGAUGGAUAUAUUGUCGCUUUCCGUAAAACUGUUCCAAGCACAUCAGAAUACCACAGAUGUGUUAUCCAUGACAAGUCUACGACAUCCCACUACAAAGAGGGGCUCCAGUUUGGGAUGACCUAUCAAGUGAAAGUUGCUGCUUACAACUCUCUCGGAUGUGGACAAUUUACACUGCCCAAGUUGUUUGUGUUUCAUGGAAAGGAUGCAUUGAAAAGGCGGAAACUGAAGAGGAACCUCAAAUUCAAGAAUAAAAUAUCAUGAGAAUUUUCAGAAUAAAUAUUUUUUAACAUGUUAUGUUACUGUCCUUCCUAUGUUAUUGAU